GCGAGGCGCCCGGGCCGAGGCGGCGGCGGCGGCGGCGGCGCGAGCGGCGCCCUCGGGGCCGGUGAAUCAUCCGGGCAGACAGCGAGAGCCGCGGCAGCAGAGAGCGCCGAAACAUGGCUGAAGCGGCCACGGGCUUUCUGGAGCAGCUCAAGUCCUGCAUAGUUUGGUCUUGGACUUAUCUCUGGACCGUGUGGUUCUUCAUCGUGCUCUUCCUGGUCUACAUCCUGAGGGUGCCCUUGAAGAUCAACGACAAUCUGAGCACAGUGAGCAUGUUUUUGAACACGUUAACACCGAAGUUCUACGUGGCCCUGACAGGCACUUCCUCAUUAAUAUCAGGGCUUAUUUUGAUAUUUGAAUGGUGGUAUUUUCGCAAGUAUGGAACUUCAUUCAUUGAACAAGUCUCAGUAAGCCACUUGCGCCCCCUUCUGGGAGGGGUUGACAACAACUCCUCCAACAAUUCUAACUCCAGUAAUGGGGACUCAGAUUCCAACAGGCAGAGUGUCUCAGAAUGCAAAGUAUGGCGCAAUCCACUAAAUUUAUUUAGGGGUGCUGAAUAUAAUCGGUACACGUGGGUGACGGGACGAGAGCCUCUGACCUACUAUGACAUGAAUCUCUCUGCCCAGGACCACCAGACGUUCUUCACCUGUGACUCGGACCAUCUGCGCCCCGCGGAUGCGAUAAUGCAGAAAGCCUGGAGAGAAAGAAAUCCUCAGGCUAGGAUAUCUGCAGCUCAUGAAGCCUUGGAAAUAAAUGAAAUUCGGUCCAGAGUUGAAGUUCCCCUAAUUGCUUCCUCUACCAUCUGGGAGAUAAAAUUGUUGCCAAAGUGUGCAACUGCUUAUAUUCUUUUGGCUGAAGAGGAAGCAACCACCAUUGCUGAAGCAGAAAAGCUGUUUAAGCAGGCUCUGAAGGCUGGAGAUGGCUGUUACCGGCGUUCUCAACAGUUACAGCAUCAUGGAUCUCAGUAUGAAGCCCAACAUAGGCGAGACACCAAUGUCUUGGUCUACAUCAAAAGAAGGCUAGCAAUGUGUGCCAGAAGACUCGGGAGGACCAGGGAAGCAGUGAAAAUGAUGAGAGAUUUAAUGAAGGAGUUCCCUUUGCUAAGCAUGUUCAAUAUCCACGAAAACCUUUUAGAAGCACUUCUGGAACUGCAAGCAUAUGCUGAUGUCCAGGCAGUUUUGGCAAAGUAUGAUGAUAUAAGCUUACCAAAGUCGGCAACAAUAUGCUACACAGCUGCCUUGCUCAAAGCGAGAGCUGUCUCUGACAAAUUCUCUCCCGAGGCCGCAUCGCGGCGGGGCCUGAGCACAGCUGAGAUGAAUGCAGUGGAGGCCAUUCACAGAGCAGUGGAGUUCAACCCUCACGUGCCAAAGUACCUACUAGAAAUGAAAAGCUUAAUCCUGCCCCCUGAGCAUAUCCUGAAGAGGGGAGACAGUGAAGCAAUAGCAUAUGCAUUCUUUCAUUUGGCCCACUGGAAAAGGGUGGAAGGGGCUUUGAAUCUUCUGCAUUGUACGUGGGAAGGCACUUUCCGGAUGAUCCCUUACCCCUUGGAAAAAGGGCACCUGUUUUACCCUUACCCCAUCUGCACAGAAACAGCAGACCGAGAGCUGCUGCCGUCUUUCCAUGAAGUCUCAGUUUACCCAAAGAAGGAGCUCCCCUUCUUUAUUCUCUUCACUGCUGGAUUGUGUUCCUUCACAGCCAUGCUGGCUCUCCUGACACAUCAGUUCCCGGAACUUAUGGGAGUCUUCGCAAAGGCCAUGAUUGACAUUUUCUGCUCGGCAGUUCAGGGCCUGGAAUUGCAAGAGUGUUUUCAUGUAUGUUGAAGAUGAACUGGGAAUUCCACCGGCUCCUCAAUCUCCACAUUUCCAAAAUUGAGCUCAUCAUCCUUCCCCCCUCUCCGCCCCAACCAGCACCCAAACUGCCCCUCCUCAGGUUUCCCGACUUCCACCAGUGGGCCUGCCAUCUAUUCAGUUACUCAAGCCAGCAUCUCAGCAGCCCUCCCUCGUUUCCUCCAUCCCGUCCCUCUUGGCCUUCGCAGUCUGUCCGUUCUAACCUUCGAGCAGCCAGGUGUUCUGCCAGUGUGAUUUACCUCUUCUUUUUCUCCAUGUCUCACCACAGCAGCUCUCUUACGUUAGGUCCUUGUUAUUCCUUGUAUAGGCUCCUGCAUUGGGCUUAACUGGUCUCCCAGCUCCUAGUCUUUGCCAAUCUUUUUCCUCCAUACUGACAGAAGAAUGAUCUUCCUAUAUUGAAAAUCUAAGCACGUCACUUCCCUGCUUGAAUAUCUCCAAUGGUUUCCUACCCACUGCAGGACAAAGUGCAGAUGGUUAGCAUGACAUCCAGAGCCUUUGAUCAUCUGCCCUUGCUUGCCUCUUCUGCCUCCUCUGUCCCAACUUGCGCACAGACCGCUACUCUUUGCUCCUAAUGCGUUGCUCACCGUCCGCAGAUGCACCAGAUAGAUGCUCGCCCACCUCAGCGCGUUUGCAUGUGCUGUUUGCACACAAUGUUCUUCUUUGUCACUGGCUGCAUUGUCACUCCACUAACACCUGUUCACUUUUCCAUGCUCAGCUUUCUUUAGAUUUCUCCUGAGCUGAGUUAGAUAUCACACUGUGAUUCCACAGUGUUCCAUGGGUGCCUAUAUCAUCACAUUUAUUACGCUGUAUGAUGACUGUUGAAAACUUGCCUGUCCAUCUGUAGAAUGUGAGCUCCUUGAGAGCAGGACUGUGUCUUCCUCAUCACUGUAUCCCCAAAGCUUUGCACAGUGCCUCAUACGUAGGUUUUCAAUAAAUGAUUAAAAAAAGAUAAAUGGUAGUGGUCUCUGCAGAAAUAAUCAAUGUAAAAUCAGACAAGCUUCUGCACCCUUUUCUCCCUUUGCAGUUGCAGUCAUGCAUUCUUAGAGUUGAAAGGAACUGUAAACAAAUUGCCUUCAACAGUAACACCCAGCAGAGGCCAUUUAGACCCAUCUUGAAUACUUCUAGUGAUUUGGAGCUCACUUCCCUAACAGCAAAGCUCAUUCAGUUGUUGAAUCACUCAGAAUUCUGCCCGUCAUUACUAAGAUAUGCCUUCUUUCAUUUCCACUCAUUAUUUUUAUCCUGCCAAACAAACCUACUUUCUCUUUAAAAUUCUUAAAACAGCUCGUUUCUCCGUGGCCCCCUUCUCUUUCUCCAGCCUGAUUAUUUUAAAUAUCCUUAAAUCUGCUUUACAUAUUAGAUUUCCAAAUUCAGUAUCACUGAGGUUGCCACCUUGCAUGUUGCUUAGUUUAUGGAGACACACUAUUCAUUAUCCUAGUCUGAGUAAAAGUAGUUAUUAAAACCC